UUGGUUGCUAGGUGUUUUAGCGUCCUAUCUGUGUACUGUUGCUAGCUAAUGGCUAGCUGACUAAUAGUGUAAGUGAAGCCCAAAAGCCUUGUCUAAAAUGGAUUGUAGAAGUUUUAAACGCGGAAGAACACGUUGAAAGCGUCAAUAGUCGAUAUAAAAAAGGCUCUGCAGAAUGCUCGAUGGAAGUACAUGCGUUAUUUAAUGAGUGUAGACGUCUUUUCUGUCAGUAGACGUUUUAAAGGUGUUGGUCAUUCACAUGAGUUCCAGGGAGGCAGCCAAGAUGGGGGACAUCUUGGCAACAGAAGCAGAUCUUCUUGGGAUGAUCAAGGAGUACCUUAAAUUUGUGGAAUUUGAAGAGACUGUGAACAGUUUUGACAAGGAGUGCAAAAGCAAAGACAAGCUUGUCUCGAAGCCUCAAGGAAAUACUCUCAGAGACUCAAAGACUCGUGGCAUUCAGAAAGACCUCCUAAGCUCUUUUGAUGAUGGAGAUCACAAAGUGUUCUUUGAACUGUGGACAGAGAAUAUUCCCUCUGAAAUAAAAGAUACAGACACCGAGGCCCAGAGCCUGGAGUUUUAUCUUCACAUCCACUUCACUAUCUAUCCACUGAGGAGGCACCCUGGUAGACACGACCGAGCUGAGUUUGAAGAGAGGAUUUCCCACUUCAAGCAGUACCUGGAGACUCGGGGAGCAGCACUGAGCCAGACCACAGAGUUUCUGCCUUACUAUGCCUUGCCCUUCGUUCCCAACCCUACUGUCCACCCGUCCUUCAAAGAUCUUUUCCAGGAUUCCUGGAUACCACAGUUGAAGGACAAGCUGAAGCCGUUUCUAUCAGUGACACUGAAGCCGUCCAACACCCCAAGGCUGAUGAAUUUAUAUAAGGAGGGAGGCAGGAGUACAAAAGAGGCCGUGCAGCAGUUACAUCUCCAACUAGUGGAAUCGGACCGGCGCAUCACCAGCUACGUGCGGAAGUUCAACAAGAUGCAGGCGGACUAUCACAACCUGAUCGGAAUCACUGCUGAGCUAGUCGACUCAUUGGAGGCCACCGUCAGUGGAAAAAUGAUCUCCCCCGAGUACCUGCAGACUGUGUGUGUUCGCCUGUUCAGCAGCCAGAUGAGGCAGAGUGUGGUGCAGAGCACGGACUUCACCAGACCUGGCACUGGGUAUUACUCUAUGAGUCCCUAUGAUGAUGGCUAUGCCUCCUCAAUGCUACGAGCAUCCAUUGCGCCGCAGAAAUCCAAGGAGGUGCCAAUGCUGCCCUCACUGGACUACGAGAAGCUGAAGAAAGACCUGGUCGAGGGCUCAGACAGACUCAAGUCCCUGCUGCUUCAGGCGCUGCGCUGGAGACUGACCCGUUCUCUCCCUGGGGAACAAAGAGACACAGUACUUCAGGCCUUUAUCAGUAACGACCUGCUGGAACGCUACAGCACAAAACAGAAAACUUUGCUUCACUUAAUGAGAUCGAAGAACAAGAUUGUCCGCCAAUACAUGGCUCGUCUUAUCAAUGCAUUCGCUUCCCUAGCAGAGGGUCGGAUUUACCUCUCCCAAAUCCCCAUUCUUCUAAAACUUCUCACGGAGGCACUCAGGACGGAGGAAAAAGACUCCCUGGCUCGAGAGAAUGUGCUUGUGGCCCUUCAGAAGCUCAGCCUCAGGAGGAGUCAGCAAACUGCCAUGAUAGCAGCCAACCUGAUUGGCUGGCUGGUGGAUGAGCUGCAGGACUCAGACUGCCUGAGUGACUACACCCUGGAGUAUUCUGCUGCUCUGCUCAUGAACCUGUGUCUGCGAACAAAAGGAAAAAGGAAGUGUGCAGAGAACGCCAGGCAUGUGCUAAAGGUUCUAACUGACGUCCUUGGACAUGAGAACCACGAGAUUCGACCAUACGUGAAUGGAGCCCUCUACAGUAUCCUGUGUAUUCCUUCUGUGCGACAGGAAGCCAAAGAGAUGAGUGUGGAGGAGAUUCUCCGCUGCUACAGCAAAGAGGAGAACCCAGACCUCAACAGACAGAUUGAGUUCAUCAUUAAACAGCUGAACUCAGCUGAUGAAGAGGGGCCCGAGUCAGAUGAUGAAGAAGAUGAGGACGACAAUGAUGAAGAUCUAAUGGAGACAGACCUUGAUACAGAAGAAGUUCUCCAACCACAGCCCAGGGAACCGUCUGGGGAGAGUCUGCUCACUACUGAGUACCUGGGAAUUAUGACCAACAUGUCAAAAGUGAAGAGGAAGUCAACUCCUUUGUCACAACCAAGCGUUGAUGAACCCCUACAACGGCCAGUCACCCCAAGUUCUCAUCGUAAUUUCAACGUAGUGGAUUAUCGAUCCGACGGUCAGGGGGAUGAGGUUAACAGGCACAGGGAAUUCCCCUUCAGCAGACAGAAGAGCGAGGAAGGAAGCCUGCCUCCUUCUCAAUACAACUCCCGGCCUCCUACGCGCUCCGGCAGUCGCCCCAGCACUGCAGACUCCCUCCGCCACAGUAUCGACUCAGAGUGUGGCCGGUUGUCCCAGGAGUCAGAGGUGGACGGGCCAUACGAAGGGCGAGCCAGAAAAGGCUGUUCCCAGGAGGACCAGAAUGGGCAGUCUGCCAGUGAUUAUGUCCCUGCAUUUACAAGCCAGCCCAUGAUUCCCCGUACACCCGAAGCAGCACCCAGCCAGAACGCCGGUGCCCACCGGGCUCGAGGCCCCGCUCUGGCACCCCAGUUUUCCCACUCGGAGCCUCAGCAGAGCAACCGGCCCGGCUCCACCAGCUCCACAAGAGGAAGGGGCCCACAGAGUGGAAGCAGCCAGUCAAACAGGAGAUGAAGAGGGAGCUGUCACCAUGAAAUAGCACAGGGAGCAUCGGGCUUCCUGUAACAUCAUCCCCGAAGUUGUGAUCAGGGUCAGGGCAACAGAGAUGGCCGAGGACCAGCAGCAGCAGUCGGGGCUUGAACAAUGCGAAGCCUUGUGGCUCUCCGUCUUUUCUUCCCCCGUUUGGCUUAAGCACCGACUUCUUCUGUAACGUGAUAUAGACAAUAACCACAACCCCCAGCCGUCCAACCCUGUGCAACUUGUAGCCUUAGUUUGCCAUGGAUUUCUCUACUCUCUCAUCAAGGUGAUAGUUGGCACACCUAAAUAUGUGCAACAUCCUCCAGCCAUGAACAAAAAAAAAAAAUCUGUCACAAGAUGCAGGUAAUCUAACUCUGAAGUAUAGCUCUGAGUCGGGGCAGUUCAAGAGAAAAUAUUUUAUCAUCUUUCCGGUUGUCGCAUCACUAAAGAUGUUCUUUUCUUUCUUUUUUUUAUAAAUCCAUAAUAUCUGUUUUUAAGUCUGAAUACAAGCUGACGUGUUCAGACUUAAACACAAUAUGGUUUUCCCUGGUUUUGACUACACAUAAAACGGGCAUGAAUGGUUUAGGAUACCUGACAGAACUAGGCUUAGAGAUACAAUGUAAUUAUUUUUCUGUGAAUAUCUCAGUGUAUUUUGUUUUAAAAUGAAGCAUGGCAAGGACUCUUCUGUCUUUUUUUGAUUGAUUGUACUGAUAUUUUUUUUUUUUAAGUUAAAGCUAAUUUCUUUCAGUUCUAACAAAUCUCUGAUUUUCACUACGUACUGUAUAUAUUGAUUUUUGACUGGUUGAAAAUAUCCAUCCACGUGAAUAAAUAAUUGUACCGGCUUUACUUCAAAUAUGAGACAUUAUCUCUUGUCAGAAUAGCUGCUCUUGUUUAAUUUAUGCUUCAGGAAAUGUUUACAGAAAGACACAGGUCUUGACAUGAGUGGUCAGGCUAGUGCAUGUUUUUUUGUUUGUUUUAUAUUUAGAAGUGUUUAUUGCUAUUAACAUUCACCAGCAUCCAUACAUCUGACAAAAAUAAAAGUGGAAUGUGUAAACGUCUUAAAUCCAACAUUGUUUGCAUUGUACAUGUGCACUGUCCAGGUGCGGUGAUGUACAAUAUAUUUAUGUUUACUGCUGCAUUUUUGUUGUAAUGUAAUUUGAUAGUAAUUGAUUUUGAUACUGUUCAAGUGGUUUUAAAUAUAUGUGCGACAUGUCACCUGUUUUCUGGUCUUGGAAUCUAUAUCCCAUGAGCUGCUUUAUUGAAUUUCUACAUUUGAUGACUCAUGCUGAUGCAGUUUAUGCUCUGUGCUCCAUCCCAGUUGGCUCCUGCUAAGUCCUGGCAGUCUUGAAUCAUAAAACACCUCCUCUAUCAUAACGCAUCAAUCAAGAUGUCACACAGCAGGAAGAUGUCUGCUCUCGUAUCGUGUUGUAAACUGAAAGCUGUGUCACACACUCGGCGACUCAGCUGUCAGCUCUACCCUCACAAAUGUUGUGUGGGCAUGCUGAAGUUUUCAAUUACAGUCCCCGUGAAUAUGUAUCAUUAGCAUUCAAGACACACUCUUGUCCCUCAUUGCCACUGGAUACUCGCAGUCGGUUCACACCAGCACUCUCUUACUUUAACCCAUCGGCUGCUUCGAUAGAAAGGGAGCAAGGUUUAGUUUCUCACGGGGCAACCGAGAGUUCAUGGGCGACGAGGCUGGAAAAGUAAUCUGUAUAAAUGUAAACUGUUCAAGGUUUCGCAAGCUGCUGGAUCUGUGUAAAGCAAACAGUCAAACUGCUGUUCAC